AUGUCCAAUGUGUGGCUAUACAUGCCACAAUGCACUUCCGUCCUUCGCCUCAUACAACUCGCUAGCGAACCGCAUCCGUUUGUCACUUUUACUGGGGCAGAAUUCAUUCUCGUUGGUUACCUGGCCGACUACGACCACAUCUACCCCAUCUAUUGUGACAAAAUAUUUGAGGAUGAUCAGCCUUGGAUUCAUGUACUUCUACAAGUUGGAAUGCUAGUUGUCCCCGGCGAGGGGGAUAUCAACUAUAUCCACAAUUUAUUUGCGACAAUGGUGGAGAGUGGUGCCUACGUCCGGUCGAUCAAUUCUACCUGUUGCAGACCAGGUGUCAAAGGUUUAGCUCUCCCUUCGUGGUUGCUUUCAGAGUUGAACGGAUCAGUACAAUUCCAUCAUGCCCCAUUUCCAUUGGGAUAUCCGCCCCCCGAGCAUCUCAUUGUCGCUGAUUCAUGUGCUGUAGAGACACCCACCUUUAGCACAUCUAUGCAAUUUCCAUCGGGACAUUCACCCCUCAAGCACUUCGAUUUUGCCGAUCCAGUCCUUCCAUAUGCUAUGGAGAUGCCUACCUUUAGCAUGCCUGCGCCAGGUUUGGAUUGCACCAAUUUUACAAAUAGUGACUUCAACUUCUAUGACCAAUCCACUGGCUAUUCUGCGAGCGGUGUUGAUGAGCAACUCACUCUAGAGGAAACAAAUGGAAUACAACUCGAGCUGGCCUUCGAUGAGCAACCACAGGUCGUGCCUCCCAGCCUAGAGUGGAGAGACUCCCUGGCCAAGUCAUUCUCCAGUGCUAAAUCGGACCUAGGAAAAGUCCUGAAAGGCAUGAUGUCAGCACACCCCGACUUUGCCACCAAGAUGAGCCAGAAGGCUAUCUCCUUCGUUCUGAUGUUUAACUCAGGCAAAUCCUCUCAGGUCCAGCAAGCGAUUUCAGACCUCAUAAGUCACCAGAUAUUUCGAGAAGUUCUGUGGGAGUCCCUUUUGUAUCCCGUCGAAGGGUUAUCGGAUGGAAAAUGCGACGGAAGGAUUGGCAACCUUUUUCCAGAAGAGUCUUUCCUCCCUUUAUCCUUUUGUAUCAAAUUAACAGAAGUUGCGUCAAUAUAUCAGAUUUACCAUACUCUACUUCUCAUCAUGAAGGAUGGAAAGAAGAAGAGGAAGAACAAGACCAAGAGCGAGGCCGAGGCUGGGGUUGGGAACGAAGUUGAGGCCAAGGUCGAGGUCGAGGUCGAGGUCGAGGUCGAGGUCAAGGUCGAGGUCGAGGUCAAGGUCGAGGUCGAGGUCGAGGUCGAGGUGGACGCCGAUAUUGACAUCGCGAAUAUCCUGGAACCAGCACCAAUGAAUGACAUUAUCAUGACGGCUCUGGACCAUAUGUAUGACCAACCACACAUGUUUCCAGUGUUCUCAGAGGCCGUGAGGAGUCUCCCCUUCAUAAUGAGUACUAAUGUUCUGCAGAUCGCCGCAAAGUCGCGACGUGCGAAAAGCACUAUCUCUGACACCACUGGUGACAGGCGAAUGAACUUGGAAGACAUUCAGCCUAUCGUUAUUCAGCCAAUCCCCACUGGUCAGUUUGGCACACUUCCCAAUAGCGACGGCUUCAGUUCCCCGAGGUCUCUGAGAGUUGUAUGGGACUUGCCUAUUUCAUUAUUCACACGCAAGUAG